CUUCUUCGUUCGUUUUUCUAUGCGAAUUCUACCUCUGUAGUAUCAUACGUUUGUUCUCAGCCGAUGAAUGCUGGGGCAUGCAUCUAAAAUAUCUCCACAUUUCGCCCAAUCAGAGCACGAGCACACACUUUACUUUACUUUACUUUCCCAACUCAUCCUCACCACUAACAGGACUUAUGGUACAUAUACAUCAUACCAAUGUACACGACUCUUCGAAGUAUAUCGCCGCAUGAAAUAUGAGGGUUAAUGAGGACUUGGCCGUGUCUGCGUCUAGCGUCCUCCUUGUCCCGUAUGAUGCGCAUCAUGUUGGGCGGUAUCAUGAGUGGAUGCAGGAUGAGGACCUCCGCGAGGCAACAGCCUCGGACCUCCUGACUCUCGAGGAGGAGUACGAAAACCAGCAGUCGUGGCGCACGGCGCACGACAAGCUGACUUUUAUAGUAUGCCAACCGGCUACUUGUAAUUCCACAUCAUCCGCAUCUGUCCCGGUAGAGACAGAACCCGACACGGACGCGACGACGUCUGCCUCAGUUAUAUACGCUGGCGAGGACGAUGUCGAUGCGCGCAUGGUGGGGGAUGUGAAUCUAUUCUUGACACCUGACGACAACGACGAUGAUGAUGAUGGAAAAGAUGUAGGAGAAGGAAAUAGUGGAAUUCGCGACGUCAAAGGCGAAAUAGACAUCAUGAUCGCCAACCCCGAGCAUAGACGGAAAGGUCUCGGCGAGAGCGUCGUAUGCGCGUUUCUGACAGUCUUGCGCGGACAUCGCGACGCGAUACUAGAUGAAUAUAUCCGGGGCCAAAAUGCGGAAAUCCCUUCUACGGAUCAGUGUCAAAUAAGAUUAAGCAGGCUCGUGGCGAAGAUCAAUGCUGAGAAUAAGGGGAGCAUCAGAUUAUUCGAGAACUUGGGAUUCCGCAGACACGGGGAGCCGGAUUAUUUCAACGAGAUUACUAUGGUGCUUUUGGAUUCGGAUGGGCUUGGGUGUGCUGGGUAUAGAGAGUGUUUGUAUGAUCGGUCGCGAUUGAAGAGGUGAUGUCGGUGAAAUGCGUGGUGAAGAUGGCAUAGAACAUAGAUCAGACAUGGGCUUGGUAUAUGAUAUCUUAAAAAAAUGAAUUUGAUGAAUACCAGGAUGGCAUGCGUGAGAUGAUGAGGGCCUAUGUUGGUAUCGUUGGGCGUCACAACGUCAGACAGGACUUGGUGGUUGCAUUGCCGCUCGGCUUUCUAUGUCUAUUGCAUCAUUUGCUCAUCGCUUAAAUACUUUUUAUGUAGUUGGACCAAAAGAGCUGAGUACCUAGUGGCUACACCACGUUUUUCAGGCUUCUCCUCCAGUGUCGAGGUAUGACUCUCCGUUACCCAUCGAACCCAGCCAACAAGCGGUUCUUUCAUCCAAGGGUGCUUUUAGUACAUAUUUUGCCUAUCAUCCGCUUGAUUCUUCUG